AUGGCAAUGAAAGAAGAAACGUACUAUUCAAAGGGAUUUAACAUAGCAACUAUAGUUAUUACCUUGGUUACCUUCGUUUCUUAUUACAUUUUUUAUAGACAAAUUUAUUCAUACUCGUUCAUCUUUAGACAAACUGCAUUCUUGUGCAUAAGUGGUAAACAACAACAAAUUAUCAUGCAAGUACUGUCUUUUCAAUCAUUAUGCGUCGGAUUAAUGACAAGAAUACCGAAAGAAGCACAAACAGCCUUUUGUGUUGUCGGAAUUAUAGCGAUUAUAUACUCAAUAUUCCGUGUGACUCUAACACACUCAUUAGUUUACAUGUGGCAGUCAGUUAUGUUUAUGUCAUUUACAAUUUUCGGAAUUAUAUCAUAUGUAGCGCAUGUUAUCAUGAUUAUGCUUGAUUACAAGAUUAAUGUACCGGCAAUUUUCAUCCAUUUCUUCGUAAUUCUUGCUGUCGAUCUAAUCAGUCACUUUUACAUGAAAUAUUUAGUCAAAAAAGCCAUGGUUGCAUUGGAUAACGUGUAUGAAAAAAAAGAUUUUUUGGAGCAAUGCACGAAUCACAGGAAAUUGAUGAUUUAUUCCAUUCUUGGAUUCCAAUUUGCACAUCCAGCAAGUUUAGAAUUCACUGUUUUCAAAUAUAUAACUGACAAAUAUCCUUAUGAAGCGAGUUAUUGGCUUAUUUAUGGAAAGUUCGUUGCCAUUUAUCCAGAACUUAGUGAUACAUUAUCUUUCAUUGUUAGAAACAUGAUAGGAUACAAAUUAAAAGGUCUUGCAAUCAAACAAGCGAUUGCACAAACAAAAAUCAUUUUCCAACAAAGAGAAACAAAUUUGACAGGUGAUCUCAAGAAGAAAUUAAACAAAAUGGCUAAAGAAGUAUCAGACAUAAAGAGAACAAUCAGAAGAAUAUGGGAUCAAGUCAUCCAAGGAAACGCAAAUGAAAUGGAUAACGCAGUUGCAAGUUCAUAUAAAAAGACACAAGAAACUGAUGCACAUUUCAAUUUAUUAAGAAUACAAUUGCCAAACAACAGAUUCCUUUAUAGAUCAUAUGAAUCAUAUCUCAGGGAAAUAAAGAAUGAUCUCGCAGGCUUCCAACAAACAAAUGAACAAUUGAGACUCCUUGCAAGAGGUAUAAGAGUUCAUCCUGAUCACACACAACUUUUAGGUUUAAGAACUUUCCCUAAUUUACCACAAAUUUUACCUUCAUCUCAAUCUAUAAAUCCUCCAUCACAAAACAGUGAAAUGAGUGAAAACUUGACAUUCGCUGAAGACAUAGAUGAUGAAAUUUAUGCCAGAAAUUGUGAAGAAAACAAAAUGUUGGCAGAUUUAAUAGAAAAUCUUACAAUACCAAGUCUCAAGAAUUCAAGGAUAUUUAUUAUUGUUAUAUUCGUGUUUUCUAUGGCUACAGGAAUUGUUUCUUUUGCUUUGUUAGCGAGAUAUAGAAAGAGAAUCAAUUCACCAAAGAAAAUGCAGUAUGCAACAGAUUACGCCAGAUUUUAUGUUUCUUCAAGUAUAACAUUGUGCCAUUUGUAUAUUCUCAAAGUACUUAAUUUAGUUCCAUGGAAGGAAAUAAAGAUGAAAUACUACAACAGUGAAGAAGACUUGAAAAUGCAAUUGAGGUAUUGUAUUUCGCAAGUUAUUAAUUACGGAAAAUCCCUUUCUGACUUGAAAAUGAAAGAACUUGAUUCUUACAUCAAAAAUGCUAAUGAUUGUUUGUUUGAACCAACAAAUAAAUUCACUUAUGUUGAAAAAGAUUUUUCAACAAAAACACAAACAAUUUCAUUAACUGAUGCAAUGAAUACAGUUGUUAUGAGAUUGGCUGAAAUUGUUGAUUUAAAUGAUAACGAAAUCACAAGAUUAACAUUGCUUACACCUUCAAUUAUGACACCAAUGGUCAACAAAUUUGAUUUAACUCUUCAGUUCAUUAGUGCUACUGAUAAUUUGACAGAACACAUUAACAGCGAAGUUACAAAAGAAGACAAAGUUUUGAGAUUGAUUUCAUAUGGUUUCAUUGUUUUCUUUGUUAUUAUUACUAUUAUCAUGGCUUUGUUUGUUUAUUACAAGAUAAACCAUGACAAGAAAAUUGUCUACAGAACUCUUAUGGCACUUCCUAAAAAUGUUGUAAGUCAAAUCAACGAAGGAUUAAGAAUAAGAAAAAGCGGCGAUGAUAGUUCAAGAGGAAACAAUUUAACGAGCCAAGCGAAUAUUGCUAAUGAAUUGGAGUAUUCCAAACAAGAAGAGAACAUGAUAAAAGUCUUAGUAAAUGCAGCAGAUGAAACAGAUUCAGCUAUGACAACAAUCAAUUCAAUUAUUACUUGUUUACUUGUUUUCUUAAUUAUGUCAGUAAUUUUGGCAAAUUCUUUGGCCCAAAUUUUCAUCGAACAAGGCGAUGCAAUCAACCAAAACGUCCAACAUGUUGAUAACUUGAUGACAAUUGGCAGCUUGUAUCAUAACAUGUUUGCGGAAUUUAAUGAUAUCACUGCAACUUUCCUUGGAUAUCCAACAAAUGCUUCAGUAAAUAUGACAGCAAAAAUCAAUAGCAUGCAAGAUUACCAAAGUAAGUUGAAUGAUUAUUAUAACUGGAUGAGAUACGGAUAUAAGAAUGCUCUUCCUUAUCCAGAUUUCUCUAAAAUUGUAUCUCAAUCUAUUGAAAAUGCUGGCUGUAAUUGGAAUGUUAUCUUUCAGACAGUUGAAGAUGGAUUUAACUGCUUUUCUCCUGAUGUUUUGAUCAAAUAUACAUAUUAUUUGACUCAUUCAAUGAUUGAUGCAGCACUUGUCAGUAAAAAAUUUACAGGAACACCAUUCAUCAAUGCAAGCAAAGUUGCUUUAAUCAACAGAAUAUAUUUGUUCAGAUUGAUUGAUGAUUUCAUUUUCCCAGGUGCAGAACAAGUUGACGAAAAAGUCAAUAAAAUUGUUAUUUCUUCUUUCCCAAUUUGGGGAACAUUGAUUAUUGUUACAGUCCUUUCUUUCUUGGUUAUUCUUAUAGCUAUCCUUUUAUUAAUCAAACAGAUAGAGAACAGAUUAAGAUACGCUUUGAGAUUACUCCUGAGUUGCCAACCUUCUUAUGUAACUCAAAACGGUUUUAUUAUGACAGUUUUGACAGGAAAUUUCAAGCAAAAUUCAAAUGAUUCUUCAAUGAGAGGUAAUGAAUUCUAUGACACUCUCGUUGAAGAUUUACCGGAUUCAAUUAUAGUUACUAAUGGACAGAACUACAAGAUUGCUUCAAUGAACAAAAGCGCAAAAGAAUUGUUCAAAGGAGAUUUAGUUGGAUCUUCAUUGAACGAAUACUUGGGAUCCACAGAUUUCUCUCCAGAAAGUAACAGCAAACUCCAGAAACUCUUUGAUUUCAAUACAAAAUCCGCACAAUGCGCUGUGCAAUUCAUGAAAGGUGAUGUAGAUAAACAAUUUUUACUUGUUUCAAAGACAUCAGCUUUGCAAGGUGACAGUUAUAUAUUCAUUGUAAGAAACAACACACAAUCAUUCAUGUACAACAAAUUAAUCACUGAAGAAAGAUCUAAAAGUGAUCAAUUGUUGGCAACAAUCUUACCAGCAACGUUAGUUCCAAGAGUGCAAGCUGGAGAAAAGAAUAUUUCUUUCUCUGUUCCUUCGGCAACAAUUUGCUUCAUUGAUAUUGUUGAAUUCACCCCUUGGUGCUCUUCAAAUUCAGCACAAGUUGUAACAGGAACAUUGAAUAACAUUUUCACUGAAUUUGAUACAAUCGUUGCUUCUUUGCCUGUAAUGGAACGUGUCAAGUGCAUUGGAGAUUGUUACAUGGCUGCAGGAGGUAUCUUCGCGGAUACUCCUAAUGUUUUACAGUUCGCAAGAUCUUCUGUUGAUUUCGGAUUGCAGGCAAUCGACGCGAUCAGGAAAAUCAACGAAAAACUCGGAAUGAGUCUCCAAGUAAGAGUUGGUUUGCACAUUGGAGGUCCUGUUGUUGCUGGUGUUAUUGGAACAGGAAAACCAACAUUUGAGAUAUUCGGACCGGCUAUUUCAAUGGCACAACAAAUGGAACAUAAUGGAGUUCCAAUGAAAGUUCACGUUUCUAGGUCUAUUUAUGAAUUGAUUUAUGGCGGAACUUAUAAGAUCGAAGAAAGAGGAGAAAUCCAAAUCAAACAGGGAAAAGUUUUAACUUAUUUAGUUACUAUGCAAUAA